AUGUGCGGGAGAAGCAGGUUUCUCGGACGCACUAGAUCGCCGCAGCCGCUGCUCCUCCUCUCCCUGGACGCAGCCGCCACCGCCAAACCAGAGAGACGCCAGCGACCGUCGCUGCCGUCGCGGAUCACCAGGAAGCCACCGCCGCCGUCGCGCCUCGGAUAUGUCGUGGAUCACCGGGACGCGGCCGUCGCGGAUCAGGAACACCAGGUCACCGCCGGCGGCGGCCCCUCGGAUACCGGCGACCGGCGGCGAUCUGAGACCAACGAGUCGGCACCACACCCCUGGGUGUCCAUGUUGAACGGAGACGCCGAUGGUUGCCCUUCAAGCACCAACAAAUUGGAAAUUCCAAGCCCUGCUGAGAUUACGAGCAGAGUGGAAAGGGAAUCAACACCAUAACGCCAAAACAUUGAAGGUGAAUAAGUGGACCACUAUCUAAGUAAAUAGACGAACCAUAUUUUGUUAGAACUAAGCAGUUGCUGCUAAUAUAAUCCUCUCCAGCAAGAUCAGUUUCGGACAAUAUAAUUUGCUAUUUACUUUCUAUGUGUUUAAGCAUGCUCAAACUCAGUACAAAUGAACAUAAUUCUUUUUUUAGGUCAUUGCAUGACAAAUAAGAAUACUUACUGCUUGUGUUGUUACUUCUAAGGGCGGUUUAGAAGAAA